CGGCUGCUUUCAUACAUAUACAACAAGUACAAAUACAAAGUACUAUGGAUCAGCUGCUGCCAUGUAGUCGCUGCCAAGGAUCAUCUGCCACCAGUUGCUAGAAGUGUGAUCAUCAUCAAAUCACAAGUAAAAUAGAAAAUUUAAAAAUCAGCAAAAUCAAACAGUUCCAGUAAAACAAAGCCCUCAAAAUAUGCACACAAACAAGUUUCUACCAUGGAUUUGCUUGGUUUUUUUAUUCAUGCCACUAAAAUAAACAAAUUUCUUCGAUCACAGAAAUAGCUCUUAAGAAAUGAGCGACAAACUCAACAUAUGUUUGACAAACUCAUAACCAAAAAAAUAGUUCUUGGCAUGCCCAAAACGUUAACACAACAAUGACUUUGCUCAUCAUGAUUUUCCUUCGACCAACUUGUGUUUAGUGCUCAAGAGUUCCAUCCCUUGUCUCCCUGCAACAACAACAACAACAGAAAUAUGAAAGUGUUCUAUGUGUAGAUCAGACCAUGCAAAUAGGACAUGAAAAAGAUAAUAUGAAAGUGAAAUUGAGCCGAAGAGCAAAAUUUAGCAGACUGGGGAGACAGCAGCCACAAAUUUCAAUCUACCAAAUCAUAUUCUAGAACUCUAACGAGUUGUAAGCCAUAAUUCAACUUAUCUUAAGUAAACUACUCUCCACCACCUAGACAUUUCCAUGAAGAAAUCAUGUUAUCAUUCUUUUGUGCCAGAGAUAGCUUAACAAAAUGUAUUGGAGAUGCAUUCAUGAUAGUAUUCUCUUCAUCUGUUUCAACCAAAAUGCAUAAACACCAGCUCUGAACCAGUUUUCUAUAGAAGAUAUAUAUAUAUAUAUAGAGAGAGAGAGAGAUAGAGAGAGAGAGAGAUUUGAUUUCAGAGGGAGGCCAUAAACACCAGCUCUGAACCAGUUUUCUAUAGAAGAUACAUAUAAAUCAAGAACAGAACUGAGGAACCAUGAACACUUCAUUGUUUUCAUGAUCUUCAGAAAAGUACAAAAUGCAAUGACAAUGAACGAUGUCAAGCUGCAUCAUAGAAAAGGGCUCUCCAAAUGUCAAUUCAUGCUGUCUGACAUGAUUUCAAGAUACAAAUUCACAGACAUCUAAGUGAUUGUUUUGCUUGAACACUAGUACAAAAAGGAAUACUCAUGGCCAACAUCACACUUCAGUUCACGACCGAAUUCUGGAUCGCUCACCAGCUUCUGUUCUCUGCAAAAUAAAAGAACAAAUAAUUGACCUCUUUGUGUACUUUUUCCCCUAAAUUCAAAGCCUUUUUGAGUCACUGAGAUAUUGAUAAUGUACACUGAUGCUCAGCUCAACUAGAAACACUGAGAUAAUAAUAAAAUAAUAAUAAAUUUGAGAUAGCUCUAGACAUCCUAUGAAAUAUGCUUCGAAUGUAGGUGCAGAUCGACGUCCACACCAAGAGCCUAGAAUCUCAAUUUUGCAGUGGAACUGGAAGAGAAACCUGCUCCCAAUUCCAUGCUGAGGUACACUAGCUAGCUACCACACCAACUAGGGACAGGUCGUGCAGAGCGUGGUCUGGUUACGGCCAGGCGGCCAGCUGCCAGCACCACCCCCUUGUGCGAGCGCGUAGGCGUACCUUCGCGAGAUGCGGAUGGGGGAGCUGAGGAGGUCGUCAUGCGUGAGUUGAGGAGAUAGGAGACUGUUCUGGAUCUGGGGCAAGUUGUGCGGUCCUACCGCCUGUGGUAGCGGUGCGCUUUGCGCGAGGCAGAGGAGGGAGUGAGGAAGAGCGGGGGUGGCGGGCGACGGUGGGUGCGCGAGUGCGAGGGAGAGGUGGAGGCGGUGGGUGGCGGUACCGUGCGCGAGGGAGAGGAGGCUUCACGAGCGAGAGGAGGAGGCGACGGCUUGCACGGGAGGGGACGCGGGGAAGCCCUUCCCGACCCUGGGAGGCCGGGGACCAAAGCACUGUCCUCCCCCGCGGAUCAGAUCGGGGAGCGUGGGUCACCAAACAACUUUUUAUUUUUCCCUGGGACGAUUCGGCCUGUGGAUUUCAGACCCAGGGAAUCGACCUGGAUACUCCCGGGAUCCCGGGCAACCAAAGGAGCCCUCAAGGUGGAGCGAUGACGGAAGUGGAGGCGCCGCUCAUCACCGAGGUGGAGGGGGUGGAGGGCCGUGGCUUCUGCGGUUCCGCGUCCACCGGAGGGGGCAGCUCUGGUCUCGGCAGCGGCGUGCGGGGCACGAGGCAGUACCACCGCCGCUCGGACGCGCUCGCCUACGGCGACCGCUACCAGAAGGCGGCAGCACUCGUCGACCUCGCAGAAGAUGGUGUCGGUAUACCCGAGGAUGUCUUGAAUGACACAAGGUUUGAGAGGGCCAUGCGAUUUUAUUUCGUGUAUCUCCGAUUGGAUUGGCUCUGGUCACUUAACCUAUUUGCUUUGAUUCUAUUGAAUUUCCUAGAGAAGCCUCUCUGGUGUCAAAAGUACGCCCCACAUACUUGUGAUCAAAGGGAUCUUUACUUUCUUGGGCAGUUGCCAUACUUAAGCAAAACAGAAUCACUCAUAUAUGAGGCGCUAACCCUUGUCAUUCUUGUCUUGGAUAUCUUCUACCCACUUUCCUACGAAGGUUUAAAUCUAUUCUGGAAGAACUCCAUGAAUAAAUUGAAGGUUCUUCUUCUCUUCAUCUUAGCAUGCGACAUACUUGUGUUUAUGCUUAGUUCUGGACCUUUCAGAGUAGCUCCGUACAUUCGUGUUGUGUUUCUAAUUAUGACAAUCAGGGAACUGCGAAUGUGCGCUGUUACGCUGGUUGGUAUUGUUGGGACAUACCUUAAUGUUUUGGCUCUGUCACUGUUGUUCCUAUUAUUUGCAAGCUGGCUAGCCUAUGUAACAUUUGAGGACACACCACAAGGAAAGACCAUUUUCACAUCAUACGGUACAACAUUAUAUCAGAUGUUUGUCCUGUUCACCACAUCCAAUAAUCCUGACGUAUGGGUCCCUGCUUACAAGAGCUCUCGUUGGAACGCCCUGUUUAUUGUUAUUUAUGUGCUGUUAGGAGUUUAUUUCCUAACAAAUUUAAUUCUUGCUGUCAUUUAUGAUAGCUUUAAAGAGCAGCUUGCAAAACAACUUGCUCAAAUGGACUCUAUAAGGAAAAGUAUUCUACAGAAGGCAUUUGAUCUCAUCGAUACUAACGGUCAGGGUUACCUUAACAAAGAACAGUGCAUAUCGUUACUGGAUGAGCUAAACAAGUACAGGUCGUUGCCCAAAACCUCGAGGGAAGAUUUUGAACUAAUCUUUUCCGAGCUUGAUCGGAGUGGUGAUUUCAAGGUUACCUCCGAGGAAUUUGCUGACCUAUGCAAUACUAUUGCAAUAAAAUUCCAGAAAGAACCACCACCUUCAUAUCUGGAGAAGUACCCAUCUUUCUACCAUUCACCACAGUGUGAAAGGUUGAAGUCCUUUGUACGGAGUCGCCUGUUUGAGUAUAUUGUUGUCUUUGUUCUUCUGGUGAACCUAAUUGCUGUCGUUAUUGAAACAACGCUAGAUAUAGAGAACAGCUCUUCACAGAAAGUGUGGCAAGAAGUGGAAUUUGUCUUUGGAUGGAUCUAUGUUGUGGAGAUGGCACUUAAAAUAUUUUCAUUAGGAUUUGGCGCCUAUUGGAUGGAGGGUCAGAAUAAAUUUGAUUUUGUGAUUACUUGGACUAUUUUUAUUGGAGAGACUCUGACAUUUGCCUUCCCAUCAACGCUUCCUUUUCUUUCUAAUGGAGAGUGGAUUCGAUAUCUUCUCCUUGGAAGGAUGUUGCGUUUAACAAGAAUUUUGUUGCAAAUUCGGCGUUUCAGAGCAUUUGUUGCAACAUUCUUUACCCUCAUGUCUAGCUUGUUGCCAUACUUGGGGACUGUGUUUUGCAUACUUUGUGUAUAUUGCUCCAUAGGUUUACAGUUUUUUGGUGGCAUCGUGUAUGCAGGAAACUUGAAGUUGGAAGAAACAGAUCUCUUUGGGAACGAUUAUCUUCUUUUCAACUUCAAUGACUACCCAAGUGGUAUGGUUACUCUGUUCAAUUUGUUAGUCAUGGGCAAUUGGCAAGUCUGGAUGGAGAGCUAUGCACACCUGACUGGAAGUUCUUGGAGCCUGGUUUAUUUUAUCAGUUUUUACCUUAUUUCAGUAUUACUGCUGCUUAAUCUGAUUGUGGCAUUUGUGUUGGAGGCGUUUUUUGCUGAGAUGGAACUGGAGAAAGCUGGAGAAGCUGAUACGCAGGAUUCUACCCCACAAGGAAGAAACAAGCGGCGAUCCAUGCGUGUGAGGACGAAGGGUACUAUGGUUGACAUUCUUCUGCACCAUAUGUUGAGCAAUGAACUUGAUGGAUCUCAAAACUCGGAUUGAUUACUCAUCUUAAUGGUACCAGAUCACUAGUACUACCCUGCUGUUCUUUUAACUUUGACCACGGCUUCCGUUAUGAACACCUGUCUCAUCUAUACUCUACAGCAUCCGAGACUUCGAUUGGUAAUUUAUAUACCAUACGUAUAGCUUAAAGUGACACAACGGAUACUGACAGAUGCUUAUUUAUCUGCAAUUUCAGUCAAUAUAUAUACCCCUACAUUUUUUUUUUGUUUUUA